AUGCCACAUUUAGAAAAAGCAUCUAUUAAAUUGGUAGGAAGAGAAACUGUGAUAUCAGGAGCAGCUGCCCGAGCAAAUAACACAUUUGUAAGGGAGGUGGACCCCACUCCAUUGAGAGAUUUUGAUGCAGAGUUGGUUAGGAGUGGCAAUGCCGUACUAGGCUCCCCAACUUUCAAACAAUUCUCAGCACCAAUACUUGUGCCAGCCAGUACGGAUGAAAAUGAAGAAGUUAUGGAUUCAGAACAUGUAGAUCCAGCUCCUGAUACCGACACCGUGGAAAAAAUAGCCAUUUCAAAGAAGAAGAAUAUAGAACAGCAAAAAGAAUACGACUUAUCCAGGCGAGCACAGAUCGACCUAGAAAGGCUCAUCUCGGAAAUCAAAGCGCAAGAAUCUGUGGAUCUUAUUGGUGAGCACCCAGCUGCAGCAACCAUCGAUCUGCCAAGGGCUACCAUAAGCGGAGCGCGAAAAAGCCGUCCAGGAUACUCGAACGCAAAACUGAUUUCGCUGAGCGGUACCGCUAGAGUUCACGAUGGCGAAAUGACCCGAAAGCGAAGCACUGCUAAGCUUGUACAGCUAAAAAAGAAGAGAUCAUUUGGUAGAGUAGGAGCAACCACUCGACAAGCAUCUGAUUUCGAUCCAUGGGAACGAAUGGGCCAGAGAAGAAGCGCAUGA